CAGGCUGAAGACCAUGGUCUCGAAGCUGACUCAUCUCCAAGUGGAGCUGCUGGAAGCGCUGCUGGAGUCGGGGCUGACCAAAGAGACCUUGAUCAAGGCACUGAGCGAAGCGGAACCCUACGGGCUGCAGAGCGAAAGCCAGCGCGCUAUCAAUGCCCUCCAGACUGAGAAAGGGGAGCCCUGUCCCGACAUCCCCAACCUCCCCAACGGAAUGGGGGAGGCCAGGGUGUCCGAAGAUGAAACCUCAGAUGACGGAGAGGAAUUUACCCCUCCAAUAAUGAAGGAGCUGGAAAACUUGAGCCCAGAGGAGGCUGCUCACCAGAAGGCUGUGGUGGAAAGACUAUUACAAGAGGAUCCCUGGCGAGUAGCAAAGAUGGUGAAGUCUUACCUCCAGCAGCACAACAUCCCCCAGCGUGAGGUGGUAGACACCACUGGUUUGAACCAAUCCCACCUCUCCCAACACCUCAACAAGGGCACUCCCAUGAAGACCCAAAAACGGGCAGCCCUGUACACCUGGUAUGUCCGGAAGCAGCGAGAGGUGGCCCAGCAAUUCACACAUGCUGGCCAGGGUAUACUGACAGACGAGCCCAUGGGAGAUGAUCUGCCCACCAAGAAGGGAAGAAGAAACCGCUUUAAGUGGGGUCCUGCCUCACAACAGAUCCUGUUCCAAGCCUAUGAGAGGCAGAAAAACCCCAGCAAAGAAGAGAGGGAGGCACUGGUGGAAGAGUGCAACAGGGCAGAGUGUAUUCAGAGAGGUGUUUCCCCAUCUCAGGCCCAGGGACUGGGCUCAAACCUGGUGACAGAGGUCAGAGUUUACAACUGGUUUGCCAAUCGCAGGAAGGAGGAGGCAUUCCGGCACAAGCUGGCCAUGGACACCUUCAGCGGACCACAGCCCACCUCUGCCCCUCCUCUAACCCCCCACAGCUCCUCCUCCCUCCAGCCACCACCUGCUCUCUCACCCAGCAAAGUUCACGGAGUAAGGUACAACCAGCAGCCAGCCAGCGAGGCAGAGUCCUCCAGCAGCAACCAUCACGGGAACAGCUCCAUGGUGACCACCCAAACCAUCCUGCAUCAGGUUUCUCCCCCGGGACUGGAGCCCAGCCAGAACCUGCUGAGCACAGACACUAAGCUGGUAUCAGCUCCUGGAGGAACUCUCCCUCCUGUCAGCACCCUGACUGCCCUGCACAGCCUAGAGCAAAGCCCACACACGCUGAGCCAGCAGACCCAGAACCUGAUCAUGGCAUCCCUGCCGGGGGUCAUGGCGAUCGGGGCGGGCGAGACCCCGUCCCUGGCGCCCGCCUUCACCAACACGGGAGCCUCCACCCUGGUGAUCGGUCUGGCCUCAACCCAGCCCCAGAGUGUUCCUGUAAUAAACAGCAUGGGGAGCAGCCUCACUACCCUGCAGCCCGUCCAGUUCUCCCAGCAACUGCAUCCAUCCUACCAGCAGCCCCUCAUGCAGCAAGUCCAGAGCCACAUCAACCAGAGCCCCUUCAUGGCUACCAUGGCCCAGAUACAGAACCCUCACACUCUCUAUGGCCCCAAAUCUGAAGUGACUCAAUACACACACACAGGCCUCUUACCACAAACCAUGGUGAUAACGGACACAGCCAAUCUCAGCGCCCUGACCAACCUGACACCAACUAAACAGGCAUUCACACCUGACUCAGAGACUCACACCGAGUCUGGGAUGCACACACCAGUGUCACAGGCACCAACAAUUCACCUACAGAACCAAGACACAACCAUCCAGCACCUUCAGCCUGGCCCACGCCUCACCUCGAGCCCUGCUGUGUCCUCCAGCAGCCUGGUGCUGUACCAAAGCUCCGACUCCACCAACAGCCACAGCCAGCUGCUGCCAUCCACUCACAACGUCAUUGAGACCUUCAUCUCCACACAGAUGGCAUCUUCCACCCAGUAACCACCACGAGGAGCUCCUGAGUGACUGCCACAACCAACUGCCAGGUGCAACUCCAGCCCUGUUUGCCACCACAGCCUCACACAAACCCCUACUCAGCUGCCUCCGGGAGAGAAAACAUCUCAGGAUCAAGACAGAAAAUAUGGAAAGAUAAUGCUGGCACUGCUAAAAUCCACUGCCCCCCACCCCUCAAAAAACAGCAAACCUAAACCCCAGGAGCCAGCUCAGAAUGGCCAGACAUCCUUCUGUGGCUGCCCAAGACAGAAUCCCAACAGUGCCAGGAUGUGGAAGGGACUCUGAUUCAGCUCAGCUUGAUUAAAGCUGGGCCUGUACAAAACUACCAACAUCAGACUAAAUCAUGUGGGAAAGAGCAAAGCUGAGCUGCCAAAGAAGGGACACCAGCUUUAAACACUCUCCUCUUUUGCUGCAAGAAGUUCCAGCAGGAACUAUGAGAAAUAACAGCACCCUGGAAGUUCCUGACUUUGCAAUGAGAAUAACAAAGAAACAGAUUUGGGAAUGGCUUGGCACAAACCUUCAGUAUGGGAUCACUGACAAGCUAAAAAUCCUUAAUUAACUACCAAAAUACCAAACAUUCUCAGUUAAAAACGACCUGCUCUAAAAUCAUGCUAUCCUAGUGGAAAUGGCUUGGUUGUUUUUGAUAUAGCUCUGCUUUGUUUUAAAUGCAGAAAUUAAAGUUUAACAGCUGCAAGGAGA